AUGGAAGAGUUAAUCAGGCAUGGUCAUCUUACUGACAAAUCAAGUUUCCCUAAGCUUGCUCAAUUAGUACAAACAUUUGAGGAGAAAGUGAAUGUUUCUUCCAAAACUGAGGCUGAGUACAUUAGUGUGGUGACUGCAAAGCUACACUCGAUUCGUGCACAUGCUCGAAAAGCUCCUGAAGCCAAAAAGCUGUUGACUAAUCCUUCUGCUGAAGCGAAAAAUCUGGUCGCUAAUCAUUCUGCUGAAGCCAAAAAUUUACUCACUAGUCCUUCUGCUGAAACCAAAAAUCCUUCUACUAGUCCUUUGGCUGAAGCCAAAAGUCUGCUCACUAUUCCUUCUGCCUCAGGAACAGAUGAAAAUGUAGAUGUGCAAGAGCAAAUUUAUCAAAGGCUUCAAUUUCUGAAGAAAAAAUACUACCCUCUAAUCCAUGCGAUUCACCGAAGGAGUUGCAGAGCACUUCAGGGUGAAUCUCCAACUCGAGUUUUAAACUCAAGACAAGUGGAAAAUUUUAGAAAUCAUAAAAGGGCAAUAGAAGACAUUUUUCCACUCUUUGAACUGAGUAAAAGCCAGUUCACUAAUGAUAUGAAGGAUCGAGCGAUCAAAGCAGAUCAAUACAUACAAUACCUUGUGAAGAUUUUCAUGCAAUCCAACAAGCAACGGUCACCUGAUGUGCAAUCCAAGCAACAGAACAAUACGUUUAUUCAAGAUCAUCGAGUUGCAAUGCCAACUGGCAGUUCACAGCACGGUAUUAUAAACCAACCGUCGGUCGUAAAAGGUCCCGGCAAUGCUGUAGAACAGCAGACAAACAUAUCACUCCAAGGAAUUGGUGUAAGCAACAAUGCUCCAAGGAUCUCAGAAACUGAAGCAUUUGGUAAACACACCAACACUCAGAGGAUUUCACCAUUGAUAGAAGAAAUCAAUAAUCAUAAUCAAGUUUCUCAGAAACCUACUCUCGGUUCUGAAGAGCUAAGUCCUGAAAUGCAACGAUUGAUUAAAGCGAUGACAUCUAUUUCACCUCAAGCACGGCGUGCAGCAGUCGGAGAUAUAGAAAAGGUUGUUCGUAUGAACGAUGAAAUACCAACCUUUAUUAGUCCCGAAGGAUGGAAAAUGCGUCCCGUCUUUGAUCCAACCACCUUUGAUACUCCUACUGUUUCUGCUAGCAUGUUUAACGGUUUCAAUCAAUUUAACGACGCUGUGGAAUCAGACUUGAAUUCACCUGAAGCACUGCGUGCAGCAUUCGGCGAUAUAGAAGAGGUUGUUCGUUUGAAUGAUGAAAUACAACCCUUUAUUAGUCCCGUUGGUGGGGUCUCGGAAGGAUGGAAUAUGCGUCGCGUCUUUGAUCCAACCGCCUUUGGUACUCCUACUGUUUCUCCUAGCAUGUUUAACAGUUUCAAUCAAUUCAAUGACGCUGUGGAAUCAGACUUGAAUUCACCUGAAGCACUGCGUGCAGCAUUCGGUGAUAUAGAAGAGGUUGUUCGUUUGAAUGAUGAAAUGCAACCCUUUAUUAGUCCCGUUGGUGGAGUCCCGGAAGGAUGGAAAAUGCGUCGCGUCUUUGAUGCAACCCCCUUUGAUACUCCUGGUGUUUCUGCUAGCAUGUGUAAUGGUUUCAAUCAAUUCACUGACGCUGCGGCGGCAUCAGACAUGAAUUCAUUGACUAAGAGAAGAAAAUGUUCUCAAACUCUGGAAAUUCAGAAUGUUUUAGCAGAAAUAAAAGACAUAAAUAAUCGAUUGUUUGACUGUGAGGUGGUUAUCGGUGAAAAGGAAAAUGUUGAAAGGUUAGUAGGAUUAGCUUCCGAACAAGUUGGAGGAUUACUUGUUAAAAUCAUGUACAAUGCAGUGACCAUCAAUCAAAACCUUGUAUCUCACUUCACUUCCGAUAAAAAGUCAUUGAUCAAUCCGCUGCGGUUACUUAUUCCUGCAAGUUAUCCGUCUUCCUCUCUUAUUUUUCUGGACGAAUUACCGUUGCAAGACAGUGAGGACUUUAGAGAUUUGUUUGAGAGAGCAAAAGGAAAGCUGAGAGUUAAUCUGGAAAGCAUGAAGCAACCAUGGUUGAUUAAGGAUGUAGCUAGAGCAUGGGAAGGUUGUGCUAGAGAAGCAAUCCUUGAAUAUGCACAUGUUAAUGGUGGUGGAACAUUUACCUCAAUGUAUGGUGGUUGGGAAUUCUGUUGAUUCAUUACCAUUUGCGUUGUUUGUUUCAGCUGGAAGAUGUAUACUUUAUGUAUAGAAAGAGUGUGAAAAGUUAAGAAUGGUUCAUACUAUUGAGUUUGAUGACACUUUGAAAUUAGUGUUCAUAGUCAUGCUUAUGGGGAUAAUCCUAAUGUGUAUGGAUGAGUACUUAUGCAUGAUACGUUGUUGAAGUUUAAUUUUAAUAGGGUCAUACUAACUUAUGUCUUUA